UUGAUUAGUUAGAUGUUGACUAUCACGAAUGAAACAACUCUUAAAAAAUUUAAGUUAGAAGAUGUCGUUUGAAGCCAAAAAUCAAAGAAAUGAAUCUCCGACCAGUGACGAAGCCGCCAGUCCUGGUGAUACUAAGAAUAGUAUUGAGUCUUUAAUACCCGUUUGGAUAAACGCCGAUCUCUUCGUACACAUAUUGAAGCAAAACGUGCCAGAGUUCCACGAAAUUCGGAAUUUCAAAGUGAAACCUGCAGUAGCGCCUGGCGAAAAUUACGCCACAAUGAUGUUGCACAUCGAUAUUGAAAUCAGCACUCAUUCUGGCGAGGUGAACAGACUAUCUUAUGUGAUGAAAACACCAAUUGCUUCUAUGCGAAACAUAAUGGAGAAACACAACGUCUUUGACAUUGAGUCCUCCAUGUACCGUUUAGUGGUGCCCGAAAUGGAACAGAUGUAUCGCGAUGCAGGCGUCGAAGUGAAAUUUAGCGCAAAGUAUUAUGACAUUCAAACUCCAUCAGAAUUUGGUGUCGUAAUGUUGGAAGAUUUAGGCCAACGUAGUUUUAAGAACGUAAAUCGGUUAGAAGGGCUUGAUAUGGAACAUACAAAGAGCGUACUUCGUAAACUUGCUCAGUGGCAUGCCGCUUCGGCCACUCGCGUACAGCUCAAGGGUUCCUAUCCAGAUGGUUUGAUGGUCGGCUUCUUUUCAGACGAACACUUUGUACUGAUGAAGCAAAUAUAUGAAAAAUUAAACAACAUAUUCCUACAAUGUGCCAAUUCGUUUAAAGAUAAUGUGGGAUAUAUUCAACAAUUGAAGCAGUUCGAUGGCAUCUAUUUUGAUACGUUUUUUCAAGCCGGAAAAUUCGAUCCAAACGCGUUUAAUGUUUUAAAUCACGGGGACUGCUGGUCCAACAAUGUCAUGUUUCAACACGAUGCCGACGGUAAAAUCAAAGAAACAUAUUUCGUGGAUUAUCAGAUACCAAAGUAUGGAUCGCCAGCUCAGGAUUUGUAUUACAUGAUCUUGUCUUCUACGCACAUCGACUUGAAGUUGAAACAUUUCGAUUAUUUUAUAAAAUUCUACCAUGAUAAUUUGGUGGAAAAUCUUGUUCUGUUGAAAUAUCCACGGAAAAUACCAAAUUUGAAGGAUAUUCACAUUAUGUUACACGAAUACAAUAUUUGGGCUUAUGUGACUAUGACGGGUGUUAUGGCUGCCGUACUUUUGGAUCCCUCUGAUAAAGCUAAUCUCGAGAGCUUAAUUGGUGAGAGUGAAGCUGGAGAUGAGUUCAAACGGCAGUUAUUUUCAAAUCAGAGAUUUCGAAAACACGCUGAAAUUAUAAUACCAUGGCUACAAAACCGUGGCGUUUUGGAGUGCGGCAUUCGAAUGGCUAAUGUACAAAUAGUCGUUAGCAAACCUCUGAGCAGCAUAAACGCUGUUCGAAAACAUAAAGAAUUAACUGAAUUUAGCAUGUCAUCAAACAUCGAUCAAAAUCAGAAUGGAUCUUCGGAAACAAAGCCGGUUAUAAGUUUCGAAAAUCCAAAAUGGUUAACCGCAGAACUAUUUGAAAAGGUUCUUUCUGAGUUUAUUCCGAAAUAUCGAAAAAUUACACAUUUCGAAGCAAAGCCCGCAUUGGCUGCUGGAGAAAACUAUGCUACUGUCAUGCUACGUAUUCAUAUAGACGUUGAACUAUCAGAUGCUUCAAAGGAAUCAAUCUCGCUCAUGAUGAAGCUGCCACAGGAAAACGAAAUUCUAAAGGAUAUGAUGCGAAAGCAUAAUAUUUUCGAAAUCGAAUAUAGGAUGUAUCAUGAAGUUCUACCAGAGUUCAACAAGAUGUACCUUGAUGUCGGUGUCAAUGCAAUGUUUUCCGCGAAUUGUUAUAAUAUCGAGACACCUUCGGAAUUUGGUGUAAUUUUGUUGGAAGAUCUUCGGCCUCUGGGCUAUAAGAACGCUAAUCGAUUGGAGGGCCUCAACUUGGAGCAUACAAAAGCAGUGCUUGAACGUUUAGCUCAGUGGCAUGCAGUUUCUGCUACACGUGUCGAGACUAAAGGUAUAUUCCCCGAGAUAUUCAUCGGAGGUAUGUUCAGCGAAUCCCAGCGAGAAACUAUGCAUAACUUUUGCGCAUCAAUUAAACCAACAUUUUUGUCCUCCAUAAAAACAAUCGAGGGUAGUGAAAACUACAUGGACGAUUUGGUGAAUGUUUUAAAUAAUAUUACCGAUUUAUUGUUCACUACAUCCAAGUAUGAUCCAAAUGAGUUUAAUGUUUUGAACCACGGUGAUUGCUGGAGCAACAAUAUCAUGUUUAAAUAUGACGCAGAAGGCAAAAUUGUAGACACGAUACUUAUCGACUACCAAAUGGUUAAUUAUGGCUCUCCUGCGAAGGAUUUGCUGUAUUUCUUGUUAUCAUCUACUUCAUACGAAUUAAAAAUCGAACAAUUUAACUAUCUUAUUAAAUUCUACCAUGAAAACUUAGUGAAGAACUUGACACUUUUGAAGUACCCCAAAAAAUUGCCAACAUUGAAAGAAAUUCAUUGCUCAAUUAUAAAGUAUGGGAUAUGGGGAUUAUCAACGGUUUUCGGUGUUAUGGCAGCGGCGUUACUGGAACCCAAUAAAGAUGCUAAUAUAGACAGCUUCAUAAGCGAUUCAGAUGAUGGUGAUCGGUUCAGAACUUUAAUGUUUUUCAAUCCCAGAUACCGCAAACAUUUGGAAAUUGUGAUGCCCUGGAUGAGCAAUCUCGGUGUCUUCGAAGUAUGAGUGUUAGUUACAACAAUAACAUGUGAAUUAUUGGGCGCUUCUAAUAGUGAAAAUAAAAAUAUAAUGAUUAGGUACCAAUGAAAUUAACAGAAUCAUUUCCUGAAGUCCGGAAACCUUUAGUCAUUUCAAAUAUGUAGUGCUUUGCAGUGAAAUAAAAGUAAUAUGCUUUGUGGUAGUAAUUCGCACUUGUCUUGGAAAAAUUAUCGGUUCAUUUGUGGCAUUUUGGAGUAUUCUUCAGUAAUGAUGUUGUGAACUAACUACUAAUUGAUUGGCGUGGAAAUCAUGAUGUUAUGUUGAGUUACAGUACCGAAAUCAGUAAAUACAUACUUCAAAAUAUUUAUACAGAAGUAGUUUUUGUUUCUGUAAAUGAAAUGCAGCAACUGCUUUGAAAUACAUAGUCAUGACGUCAUUUAUGAGAAUUUGUCAAAUCAUAAUAUACACUUUCAACAUAAAUACACAUUUUCGGAUGUUUCUUGUUGUCUGAAUUUUCGAAGAAACAUACAAAUGCGUAAGUGAAAGCGUCAAUCUUGUCGCUGAUACUCGAGCUAAUCUAACUGUUACUUCUCACAAUCAAGUGCUCAAUGAGUAAAUUUUAUGAAAUCUCUUAAAAUGCGAAUAAGUCUGAGAUUGCUAAAACUAAGAAAAUUAACAGAAGAACAAUAAAACAAAACAUAUAUGUAUGUAUAAUAUAUGCGAGAGCUUUGGCACAAAAGCUCUAAUUGAGCCAAAAAUAUGGAAACACGUAUUUUUAAAUGUUUUGUUUGUCAACUCAUUAGUCAAUUCAAUGUCGUUAAGCCGGAAUAUGAAGCAAUUUAAGCUACCCAAAAAGAAAUCAAACGAAAUGGAAUUGUCGUUGAAUUAUGUACAAUUCUGCUUCCCUUUUCAAGAACACAGAAAAUAAUUUAAACGAAAAUUCUAUAAACUGGUGUACGGGUAUUUAUAACUUCUGCAUUUAUAUAUUUUAUAGAACCGGUUGGUAUUUCAAAAGGUUUUUGGCGACCAGCAUUUGGAGCAUACGUAGUAUUGUCAUAUAUGUAAGUGGUAGAAUAUCAUUUUCAUGCCUAAACAAACGAUUUUUUCAGAGAUUGAAAUUCCUGUUAAAUGAAGGCCAAUUCACCAUUUUUAUAUGUAUUUGUACAUUGAUCUAGUAUUUUUCAGAAAACUAAAAGUUUAUAUCAGUGAAUGGAAGAUACAUACAUAAACUCUGUAGUGCAUAACACAUUUCCCUCAAUUGUUUUAAAUCCACACCUAUAGCAACUCUUGAAAACGAAUAAAAUGCACACCAAUUAACGCCAAUUAAAGCUAAAUUGAAAUGAAAUGGGAUUAAUUGAAAUAUGUAUCUUCCUAAGUUGAAUGUGAAUCACAACCUGGAACGUACACAUCCUGAAGCCGUUAGGGGAUUUCACCUUUUCCACGUCAGAUUAUUUGACAGCAUAUUUCAAAUAAAUAUGCACCUGCAUAAGUCUUUGUAUACAUACAUAGGUACUAAUGCAUAUACAUAUGUAUAUAUGGGAAAAGAAAUGGCAUCACAUGUCCCGAUGAUAAGCAAUCAUUCAAAUGCGUCCACGAAAGUAUUCAACUAUUCGAAUCAGCCAACUACGCGCAAAACAGACUUAUCAAUCAAAAGCUAAUAGAGGCACUCAGAGUUCUUGUGAUAUGAGCCGCUUUGCCUAUCACAUAAUGAUACCGAUACCAUACAUAGAAAGUGUUGAAGGCGGCCGUGCUUGCCAUUGUUGAUGUUUACGGGGAAUUGCGGGGAGUAAAAUUGAAUUCGCUGGCAUGACGAAUGAAUAUUGUUGUAUCUUUAUUCACCGGCUAUAAAUCGAAACAGAGCAAAUUAUAAUGUGGUAAUUUUCUACCACAAAUAUAGUUCGACUAAUGCGAAAUCGGAGCAAAUUAUUAAUCAUUUGGUACCAUAACCAGCACUCGUUCGGCAAACAUUUGGUGCGACCGCUGCAAACGGGCAAAUAAAACA